AAUUCUGAAUCACUGUCACAUGCGCCGAAGUCAGGCGCCUGCGGACACUCGAAAACGUGCAUCUCCGACAGCUUAGAACUGCCAGCUCGUCACAUAGACUGCGAACGUGGAUGUCUUACACGCACUUUAAUUAGAAUCUUAAAUCAUGUACUUCCGCUUCACUUUAAUCCGGGAAAUGUCGAAAGUCAAGCGCUUUAAUGAAGUAUAUGGCUGGCAGUGAUUUAUUUUCCACUUAAUAUGGAAUAUCUGUUACAGGUGAAGCUGGGCGCCCUUGCGGGCUUGGUAUUCUUUACCGUCUUGUUCGGCUGUGUCCCGGCCCGCUUGCGAUGGUUCCGGACCGCAAGCGGAACAGAAGUCCACGGAGCUGUGCUUAGCUUGAUGAGCUGUUUUGCGGGAGGUGUGUUCUUGGCGACCUGCUUUUUGGAUGUCAUCCCAGAUUUCUUAUCAGACAUCGGGAAGGAGCUACAAUCCCAGAAGUUAGAGACGGAUUUCCCCUUACCGGAGUUCAUUAUGGCAUGUGGAUUCUUCCUUGUGCUCAUCCUGGAAAAGAUCGUCCUGCAUUUCACAGGCCACAAAACUGAGGAGCACAGCCCACUACUGCCCCCUGGUGGCCACGGGCAUGGCACAGCCGGCCACCAGCAGGGUGCCCCCCCCCACGUCCACAUGGACACACAGGCUCACUCCUCCUUCCGUUCCUUCAUGCUCUUCCUCUCGUUGUCGCUGCACUCUGUCUUUGAGGGUCUGGCCAUUGGCUUGCAGACUAUAGACUCCAAGGUAAUGGAGAUCUGCAUAGCCAUCGUUCUUCACAAAAGCAUCAUCGUCUUCAGCCUCUCACUGAAGCUGGUCCAGAGUGCCGUGAAGCCGCUGUGGGUAUUGGCCUAUGUGGGCGUCUUUGCCUUGAUGUCACCGCUAGGAAUCCUCGUGGGCAUUGCCGUGACGGAGGCAGACCUCUCUUCAGGGGCUCUGAUCCAGGCCGUCCUUGAGGGUGUGGCAGCCGGAUCCUUCAUCUACAUAACUUUCCUGGAGAUCCUGCCCCAUGAGCUGAACUCUCCCGAGAGACAGCUGCCCAAAGUGAUCUUUAUUCUCCUGGGCUUCAGCAUCAUGACUGGACUGGCGUUCCUGGACUGAGAGCGACCUCUAUUGGUACUUUAAUAUGUGGCUGCUGUAACCAGAUACACAAUUUGGCAUUUCAAUUUAAAGUCAAAUUCUGAUUUUAACAGCCAUUGUCAUGGACACUGAUGUGCGAGCAUGACCUUAUUGUGAAUGUGUCCAACGUCAUUUUUAAAGUAAAUACUCAUUUUCAUAAUUAUAAUGAAUUCACAGUUUUUCCUGGGCUCAUACUAUUUGACAUGUAAGUCUAGGCACACCUGACCAUACUCUAAAAAUGUCAAACUAUCUGCUAUUUUAAAGAGAGUUGCCUGUUGCAGUUUGGCUCACCAGGGGUCCUUCUCUGUGAUAUUAUUCCCUGUCAUGGGAUUUUCUUGCAAAAAAAGGUGCAAAAUUGAAUUGUGGUAAUAACUGGUUACAAAACCAUGAUAACUAAAAGAAAUUGACCGGAGUUAUUUAUAAUAUUCAGAACAAUGGUGUUCUGUUAGUUUUAUUUAUCUGUUAAGUGGUUCUAAUGUAAGAUUAUGCCAGACUAGGUGAUAGGGUGUUUUAUUGACAAUUUCACCUUUUCAAGCAAGUUUAACUGUUUGGUACAAAGUUUUUACGACUACUGACAUUUUUGCCAUUAUCACCCAAAUACCGGGAUGGUCCGAUUAAUAGCCUUUUUUCUCCCUCAAAAUACGUUUGGAAAAGUGGUGCCGUUUUAUAUUCGGGGUCUAGACGAAAAGGGGAAUAGAUGGCGCCAAACGAUAUUUUAUAACGAGUGUUUUGAUUUACCGUAAUAGAGAUUUACCGUAAUAGAGAUUUACCGUUCGAUGCGUGAGAGCUGGCAUCCCUGCCAAUGCGUGCGUUUAGCGUGUAUCCCCGAGUGCCGUGUGAAUUGUUGGAUUCUCUGCCUGUGCCGCUGCUAGCACUAAACCGAUAGUGGCUAUAUUAAUAAGGAUAGUAAUAUUCGUUUUAAAAGAGCUGUAAUAUCGUUUAUUCUUAAGGCUCAGCCUUUCUCCGCAAUACGUGUUUUACCCCCAGAUGAAUGACUUCACACAUUUUGAGGCACAGCACAGGGAACAGGCGAGGAAGACUAAGGCAAGCAGGUGCUUCGCCAAUCCACCGCUGAUGUCAGGAAGACACUAUGCAGAGUCAGCUUGUGGAAGACGGCGAGGUCUGAGCCGGACCAGCUGGACCCCCCGCGCCUGGUCUGUCGCCCAAUUCGAGCCGCAGGUGAUGCCAUAUCCACUGCCCUCCAGCUCAGCCUCUCACACCUGGACGGAAAGGACCAGUACAGCAGAAAGCUGAUCACGGGCUUCAGUUUGGCAUCCAGCACGAUCAUCGCGCGAAGGCCAGUAGGGAAGGUGUGUCAGGCAAUGUGAGGGGAAAGGAAGGGGAUAUGUCAUUUGUUUGUGUUUUAUUUAUAUUAUUGAAUUUUCUGUCCUGUGUUUUGGGUUAUUUUGUGGCUUUUUAAAAAUCGUGAUUAAUUACACGUGUGAUUGAGUAAUUGAUUUAUUGGUUAAAGUAUAUUGGGAAGCGUGUGAGAGACGCGCCGAGGAGAAUGGAUGGAGUGGUCGGGAUCCAGGACAAACGAUCGGUAGUGGGACCUGAUGUGGUUUAACUGCACGGUGAUGCUGUGUUUUAAAGGUGAUGUCGGUAUUCUCUGUUGUGUGUUGGUGGGUAUAAGUGGCGGCCGGUCUGGCUAUUAUUGCCCCGUCCUAUUUUCCGCGCUGGUUUUCUUUGAGUGCCUGCAGAGGAUCGAGGAGUAGUUCGGGUCGGCCCUGCAGAAGAUCGAGGGUGUCGUAGUGGCAAGCGGCGAACUGUGGACGUUAUAGCCUACCAGUUGCGCUUUGGGAUACAUGUUGUAUGUCUUAUCAUGGGCCCAUGUAAAUGGCUUCUUUGCUUUUGUGUGUGUGUGUGUGUGUGUGUGUGUGUGUGUGUGUGUGUGUGUGUGUGUGUGUGUGUGUGGAGGGGGGUUUCUUCCGGCCAGCAGUGUGGUUGGAUUGUAUUAAUUUACCUGCUCGUUUGGUUGCUGUGGGUUUGCGAGAUUUUGAAUAUAUGCCUCCUGGCUUUUUAUUCCUUUGUGAUUUUAAUAUAUUAGUUUGGGGUUUUAGUACCUGCCUAUAGUAAGGGGUGUUCAGUUAGUCCCCUGACAGGUAAACCUGGGCAUGAAGACCCCCUCUGUAACUGGAUCCUGGACUUUCUGACUGACAGACCUCAGCCUGUCUCCAUAGGAUGCAGCACUGCCCUGGUACUCAGGCUGAGCCCCCCAGGUCUGUGUUCUCAGUAUUAUCCAUUCAUGGAUGUACUGACAAUAAUCUGGGUAGCUCAGUCGGUAAAGCAUCUGAGGGUCCAGGGUUCAAGUCCCUGUUUGGGCAGUGUUCCAUUAGGGUUCUCUGUGACGUCAGGUCUUGUGGAAUUUUUUUUCAAGACAAAGGAGCUGGUGGUGGACUUCAGUAGGAGGCAGCAGAGGGCCUACACUCCCCUCAUCAACGGAUCUCCUGUGGAGAGGGUGAGGAGUUUUAAAUAUCUGGGUGUCCACAUUUGAGGACCUGGUGUGGACUGUUCACAUCGAAGUCCAGUCCAAAAGGGCUAAGCAGCGCCUGUACCACCUGCGACAGCUGAGGAAGUUCAGGGUCUCUCCAACAAUCCUACAGACUUUCUACUCUGGCGCUGUGGAGAGCAUCCUGACUCAGAACAUUACUUCCUGGUUCGGGAAUAGCUGUUUAGGACCACAAAGCCCUCCAGAGGGUGACCCGUGCAGCAGAACGCUGCUGCAGGUCGGCGCUUCCAUUUCUGCAGGACAUUUACAUCGAGAUGUAGGAGCAGGACCUUCAGGAUCAUCAAGGACACCUCAAACCCCAAUAACAACCUGUUUCAGCUUCUGAAAUCAGGAAAGAGACUCAGGAGCAUCAUGGCCAGGACUGAGAGGCUUAGGAGGAGUUUCUACCCCCAGGCCAUAAGGUCUCUGAACCUGGACGUGCCAUUGCACCUCACACCCUGAUGUACAUUGUGCUCUUGUGCCCCUCACCAUAUCAGCACUGCUACACUGGUCACUUUUUAUGUCUGUGUUACCGUUCAUUUUGAACAUACUUCUCUGCUUGUAUCUUUUUUGCACUUAAAUCCAAUUAUGCUAAAGUUAAACUUGCACAGUCUACAAAAGGGCAGUUCAGGAUGCAUUUCACUGCGUGUUGUACUUUAUAACUCUGUAUGUGACAAUUAAAGAAUCUUGAUCCUUUGAAUCUUGAGUCUACUAGCCAGCUGGGUUAGUUCAGUAUAAAAUGUACUAGCUAGGAAACAUUUUCACUGUAAUUUUCAAGUAUAGAUGGCAACCAAAGGCCAUCACAUCUUACAAUAAUUACUAUGUAAAAUGUUUAGCAUAUUUUAAUUUCCAUAAUUCCCUCAUUUACUCUGUAAAUGACCUUACACUGUUCCUUGAAUCCUCUUUAUUUUCCUGGUCAUCUGCCCAAACCGAAAGGCCCUUCUCUUCCUCUCUAGGUCCCUUUUCAUCCAGUUCCUGCUCAGGAAACUCUGCUCUUAUAUCUUAAGUCAAUUACUUCCUUGGGUUAAAGCUGCUCACAUAUGCUGCUCUAUGGCCAUCCGGUAAUGCAGUGUUUUACCUGUAAGACUGGCCCACCAGUCUGUUUGUUCAUUUAAUUGCACUGAAUCAUCUACUAAUAAUAAUACAGAUUAACUCACUUGCACUAUACUCAAAUACUACUCAAAACUGUUUAAUAAGGAAAAAUACUUAGACACAUAUUGACGUGGAAAAGUUGACCAGCUUUCUUCAUUAACUCUCCAACGUUUGGUGUGAAAAAAGGUUAACAGGGGUAAUUUGAUUUUUAAAAAUAAAGAUACUGAGCUUGCUUCCUUUUACACGCUGGACAAUAUGUCGAUCUCUAUGGCCAGCCGUAAGUGCUCCAAGAGCAAAGGGAUGGUCUAAAAAAAUAUGCUACAUGACUUGAAAGUAAGCUUGCGUAGGUUUCAGAAUUUAACAAUUCUAUGUAACGUGUCCUAUAAUUGCAAAGGUCUGUGUAGGGCAGGUGUUGUUUAUCAGUUGUUUAUAUUACCUUUCUUUAAGUUGGCCAGUUAUAUAUUUUUUUUCUGUUUGUGUCUUGUCUCAUUGUGUUUGCUUGAGAGACUGGCAGUCAUGAUUUAAACAAAUAUGUGAUUUCACUCCCUGUUGCAUUACUGGGUCCCAGUUAGCCGAAAAUGGACAUGGUGAGCAAAACCACAACAUUCUGAAGAGGCUGAUUAAUGUGAUUGAGUUCUUGGAUUGACAGGGGACUGCAACAGAAUGAGAGUGAAAACUCUGACAACACAGGAAACUCUAGGGAGUUUACAGGUGUGCUUUCCCACUACGACGAUCUUCUGGCUUUUGUUGGUAUGUUUUUGCUGCACUUGUACUGUAGAGCAAAACAGUAAUGUAGAGCUGUGCUGGCAAACAUACAACGUCUGCCAGAUGUGUCGAUUAUCAUUAUAUUGCAUCGUUCAGUCCAGGACCAUACCUGUAUGUCUGCAUGACAUGUAAAUCAGGUUCAGUAUUUGGAUGUCUGACUAUGAUCCCUCUUGGACAUAGAUAUGAAUUUCAAUAAUUGAACUUUUAGGAGAUUUUUUGGAUGUCUGUGGAUGUGCAGGACAGGUGCGGAACCCAGUAUUGGACUUUGAGAAGUGUUUUGGACGUAUCUUUGCUCAGUGGGGUGUAGCCCAUCCAUCCAUCCAUCCAUCCAUCCAUCCGUAACCGCUUGUUCUGUUCAGGGUCACCGGUGGUCCGGAGCCUAUCCUGGAGGAAGGUAGGGAACAACCCAGGAUGGCGUGCCAACCCAUUGCAGAGGUAUAGCCCACUCAUACUUUAAUCAAGUCACUCCAUUAAAUAUUUCAGAAAAGGGUGCGACUGCUGAAAACUAUUCAAAUGUUGUGUCUAGAGUUUGCGUCACUAAAACUUUUGGUCAGCAGCCGCUGCUGGUAUGUUUUAUGCUUGUAUGUGUUAGGGAUGCACUGAUUCCAUUUGUUCAGAACGAGUACAAGUACCUUUCUGGUACUCACCGAUACCAAAUAGGGCUGUGUGAUGUCUAAAAAAAAUAAUAUGGCAUAUUGUAACUUAAAUGUAUUGGGAUAAACAUUGUAUAUGGGCUUCCCAAAAACAUGUCAUUAGCUCAGUGACCAUGGUGACUGAAUGUGCACAACAUUUAUCAUUUAACCUUUUCCCUCUCCGUGUUCAUGCUUGCUGCGCAUUUGGUUGUUUUGAAGUGUUUCUGCUUGUGGCCUUUUCGUCAUACUCUUUCUUAUGUUUGGUUUUUAGAUGUUUAAUUAGGCUACUAGUGCUGUACGAACCUGAUUUCAUGCCGCCUCUUGAUAGUUUAGUAGAAUACAGUUUGCAGUCCACAAUGCUCUGGAUUUCGUGUUUGAUGUUUUCAUUAUUUCCACUUUGCAGAUUUUUUGUCCAUUUAAGUUGUUCAUUAAUGAUAUCGCUGAUAUGUCAUUACGUGGUAUGUUAUAGGAACUGGCACAUUGUCACGAGAAUGAGGAUACGAACACGGUAUUCCACCUGAUACUGAUAUUGCUGCAUCCCUAGUAUGUAUGUGUGUAUGUAUGAUUUUUUGGUUCGCAUAAAACACUAAAUUUGCUCUUGGCAAUUCUUUAAACUGAAUUUUAUAAUACAGAAUAUUAAAAACA